AAAAAAAACUGCUCGCCUCCUCACCUUCCCGUAUCGGCGCGUGCUAUCUCCAACAACUAUACGCCAUUGGCGGUUCUAAUUUCACACGAAGUUUUACACAACCCCAACUAUCUCUUCUCUUAAGCUUAACGAUAUCAUUCCGUUAAAAUUCGUGAAGGCUGUGGUCUACAUCGUUUCCGUCUCCCCAUAACUGGUGCGACUCUCUCCCUCUCUGUCUCUCUCUCUCUCUCUCAUUUGGUUUGAUAAUGUCUAAUUCCGGCGGAAACCCCGUUGGCGGAGGAGGCGGCGCAGCCACUAGCACCUCAGCGGCGCCUCAGCUCUACUUCUGCCACCAGUGCGGCCGUACUGUGACCCUCAUCCCCUCUCCUAGCUCCGAUCUCGCCUGCCCCGAUUGCCACGGCGGCUUCCUCGAAGAACUCGAAAACCCCAACCCUUUCCCCAAUCCCAUGCCCUUCCACAAUUCCUUCUUUACUUCCUCCUCCUCUGACCUCCCCGGCGCCCAUCCCCUCCUCUUCUCCGCCUCCCCCAACGCCGUCCCCAUGUUCAACGAUCUCUCUGCCCUCUUCGGCGCCUCGGCGGGCGCCGCCCGCACCUCGCCCUUCGAAGAACCUGACGCCUUCAACCCCUUUGUUUUCCUACAGAACUACCUCCAAACCCUAGGCGGCAACGUUGAGGUCGUCAUUAACUCGGCCGGCGACACAGGAUUCCGCAGCGGUGUCGCUUCGCCCAACGUCAAUCUCGGUGACUAUUUCUUCGGACCGGGCCUCGAACAACUGAUCCAACAGCUGGCCGAGAACGAUCCAAACCGGUACGGGACGCCCCCAGCAUCGAAAUCGGCCGUCCAGGCGUUGCCGGACGUUAAGAUUUCAGAGGAUUUGUUGGCUUCGGAUUCGUCGCAGUGCGCGGUGUGUAAGGAGACGUUCGAGCUGGACGAGGAGGCCAAGCAGAUGCCGUGUAAGCACAUUUACCAUGCGGAUUGUAUUCUGCCUUGGUUGGAACUGCAUAAUUCUUGUCCUGUAUGUCGCCAUGAGCUGCCGACCGAUGAUCCCGAUUACGAGCAAAGGACUCUUAGAAGGUCUGUGUCUUUGGGGGCUGGGAAUCAGACAGCGGCUGCUGGUGCUGGUACUGGUGCUGGUGGCAGUGGUAUUGCCGAUCAGAGUCAGGCUGAGGGUUCUGGAGAGAAUCCGCCGACCCCGAGGACCGCGGAGAGGAGGUUUAGGAUCUCAUUACCAUUUCAAUGGCCAUUUAGGGCGUUCGGGUCACCUGCCGAGACAAGCAAUAGUGGGAGUGGCAACAACAAUGCAAGCAAUGAUGGUGAAGGGAAUCCUGGAAAUAGAGGAAAUCAGAACUUCCAAUCAGAGACCAGAGAGGAAGAUCUUGACUGAAGACCAAUGGUAUCAAGACCGGUGCGAAUUUGCAAGCAAUGAGCAAUGUUGAAUAUAGAAAAGAUCUUACAUAUAAGUGAGUUGCAUUUUAGUUUUUUUUUUUUUUUUUUGGUAAUAAUCAUAGGUAAAUACCCAUCUUCAGUUUGAUGUUUAGAAUUUUUUAUAGAUCGAUCAUUUUACGAGAGAUUUAUGUGCAUUAUUAUUUGCAUAUUGUUAACGUUUUACCAUUUCGGGAUUACUUCACACUUUCUGAAUGCUAUUUUUCAUGGAAUCCUUUUUACUGUCA